CAGCAUUCAUGAAUUUAAAAUGUUUCCUUUUUAUAACUUGGAUUGGGUGCGUAGUGAGAUCUGGACAAGCUGAAUUCCCAAACUAUCUAUCAUGGAUGCGAAGUCCAUCUCCUCUGAAUGUUUAUUCUAAAAUAUUCCAAAGUUUUAGUCCCCGGAACACAAAAAAAUCCCUGUCCGAAGCUGGAGCUAACUGGGGAAAACGAGAGAAAAUUUAUUUGGGUUGGUUAGGUGGCUACUGGAGCUUUUAUAACCGAAGUGAUCCCCUGAGAGGAUGGGGGAAUGAUAUUCUGAUGGGGAAAAGAUCUGAAAAUUCUCCAUCACUUGAGAACGAUGUCACAAAUCUGGCCGAAGAUGGGGUUGAGCAUGUUUCAGAAUACAGUGGACCAGGAAACCAAGAUUUCUCUACUUUCCUCACAGGGAAAUGGUGGGACAGGGCUGAUAGAUUUGUGAAAAGAGGAGGAAAAAGUACAGAGGUUAGAACAUCUGGUCGAAUGAAUGCUGACAGAAUCAAUGCCGAGUGUAUGCGACUAAUGAUGGUGGGUGAAGCCCUCUGUCGACAACUUGGCCAGGUCGGCAAUAAUGUCGGCGGUGCUUCGGAAUUUUGUAAUUCUGGAUUGUACAAAGUCUGCAAUCCUCAAGAGAAGAAAAAGAACGGAAUCGGACAGUCUCCGAAUAAAUUCAGUAAAAUAUUUGUGAGAAUCUAGAAGAACUUGAAAGAAAAGCUGGGAGUUUAACAGUACAUUUAGAUUAUCUAUAGUGUACUGCAUAUUGACUGAGGAGGAGAUUAUGCAGUACAUAUAUUUGUGGCUAGUUUAAUAAUCAAUAAAUGUGAGCAUUCUAUAA